AUGAAUACCUUUAAUAUUGAUAAGAAUAGAUUUGUGAAGAAGGCUAAGGAGAAGAAAUCCAAAAAUAAGAUAUCCUCAAAUCCACUUUCAUUAAAUACAUCAGGGAAGAAGAUUUUGAUGACCUAAACACCUCAACUUCGCCUCAUCUAUCAAUUCCAAUUUUCACUCCAACUAAAUUCAUAUUUCCAUCAUUGGUGGCCAUCUAAAAAGUUAAAUGAUCUUAUACAUUUAUGCAUACUUAUUUUAACUUAAAUUGUUGAAAAAAAGAAAUUUUUUAUUCUUGACUCGACUGCCAAUACAAAACCACAUUUUUGA